AUGGCAAGGGAACAGGCCCUGGGCAGUGCCUUCACCCUGGGCAGUGCCUUCACCCUGGGCAGUGCCUUCACCCUGGGCAGUGCCUUCACCCUGGGCAGUGCCUUCAGUGAGGCCUGGCUGAACAGGAGCAGCUUCACACUGUUGUGUGCCCUGGGCAGUGCCUUCAGUGAGGCCUGGCUGAACAGGAGCAGCUUCACACUGUUAUCCCUGGGCAGUGCCUUCAGUGAGGCCUGGCUGAACAGGAGCAGCUUCACACUGACCCUCAUGCACACGAGCAAGCAAUAUGAAGAGUUGGUGCACUACCCGGGGUCGGACGGCAUGUCAGUGGGGGGAUACGAGGAGGCCGUGAGGCAAAUUCCUCCCCCACAUUAUGGACCCACUGUCCCGGACUCCCUCAAACACCACAGAGACCAGAUCUACGGUCACCCGCUGUUCCCAUUGCUGGCCUUAGUUUUUGAGAAGUGUGAGCUGGCCACCUGCUCCCCGCGAGACUCCAGCUCUGUCUCAGCGACGUCCCACGUCCCCGGGACGACCAGUCACAGCGACGUCUGCUCCUCCGAGUCUUUCAACGAAGACAUCGCUGCAUUUGCUAAGCAGAUUCGCUCUGAAAAACCUAUAUUCUCCACCAAUCCGGAGCUGGAUAACUUGAUGAUCCAGGCCAUACAGGUUCUACGGUUUCAUUUGCUGGAGCUGGAAAAGGUGCACGACCUGUGUGACAACUUCUGCCAUCGAUACAUCACCUGUCUGAAGGGCAAGAUGCCCACAGACCUGGUUCUGGAUGAGAGGGACGGUGGGUCCAAGUCGGACAUGGAGGAUUUCACCGGCUCCUGCACCAGUCUGUCAGAACAGAAUGCGUCGUGGUUACGGGAGGCGGACGAGUGUGCCACCACUCCUCUGGGAACACCAGGGACCUGUGGCCUACCUUCACACAGCACAGCAGACACCUGCAGUGACACAGGCGACGGUCUGGAUGGAGGUGUAGCAUCCCCGAGUACAGGAGAGGAGGAUGAAACGGACAGGGACAGGAGGAACAACAAGAAGAGGGGGAUUUUCCCCAAGGUGGCGACCAACAUUAUGAGGGCCUGGCUCUUCCAGCACCUGACGCACCCGUACCCGUCAGAGGAGCAGAAGAAGCAGCUGUCGCAGGACACGGGACUGACCAUCUUACAGGUUAACAACUG